AAUUGUGCAUAUUUUACUUUACCAAUUUUCACAAAUAACUUUGUCGUCACACGUUUUUAGCCUUCGAAGUCGGUGGAGCGUCGAGAUGAUUUUUUACCUAACAAUAUUUUAUUUUUAUGUACGUUGCAGGUCGUCAAUAAUGAAUCGUAAAAGAUAGCCGAACGUCUGUAAUGCGUUCGCAAACAAUCUCGAUGCCGAGAAAUGGAGAGACAGCAGUGUAAUCCACUUCAAAACUUUGACGAUUCAAAAAGUGAGAUUUUGAAAAAAAGAUUACUUAAAUCGAGCAGCGCUCCCGCCUGCAACAAUCUAGCUCCGACCGCUUCGCAGCACAAUGUGCUGCUGAAUACUUUGCGCACGCCGAUAUCGAGCAGCAUGAUCGUGUCUUCGGUGGGUAGCGGGCAGGGCUCGCUGCCGCUGCAGCACGGGCUGAUGACGCACUCGCUGGCGCCGGUGAAGCUGCACCCGAACCCCGCGCCAUACCCCCUCCAGCUGUCCACGGUGCACGUCCCGGUACAGAUCCCCGGCACGAGCGCCAACAUCAACGUGCCCGUCCAGCUGUCUGGACCAAGCAGUAGUGUACCUUUGCAAAUAGCCCCCGUCAGUCUUCCAAUACAAGUGUCCGGGACUACCAGUGUGCCAGUUCAGUUGCCAGCGGGAGACACUAUCAAUGUUCCUCUGCAGAUCCCUGGCGCUAGUCAGAACAUACAGCUUGGGGCUCCGGGAAUGCAAUCCAUGCCAAUUUUGCAAAGCUCUAGUCAGCCAAUGAGUUCUAUUAUACAUGUGCAUAUGGGGUCUAAUCCUAGGGCUAACAAUAUGGAUAAUGGUAGUGAUAUGACAGUGACAAGUACUUCGCAGUUACAAACUGUAACUUCAGGAGCUCAAGUGCAAAUGGGGAACAAUUCUACAGUUGUGCAGAUACCGAGUUCAGUUAAUAACUCAAUACAGUUAGCGCUUCCUAGUUCGGUCAGUUCGGGAGCUGUGCAGCUGAGAGGGGCCACGAGGAAUGUGCCUCAUGUGGUUUACAUUCAGACUCCGCAAGGUCUGAAGCCAGUCACGAGCACUGAUGUCAUCAGCCAAGCCAGCACCAGUGGAAAUCCUCCACAGAUCAUAGUCAGGAGACCUGUCACCAGCAACUCCAACAUACAUUUAAUAUCAAAUGUAAACAACAAGCCAAAUAUUGCGCCAAAAAUAGCCCAGGGCAAGACUGUUUUGGCCCCAGCGGCUACCCCGCCAAUAGUUAUCCAGAAACCUAAAAGCAAUGAGAAGAUGAUAGUCCCAGUGACCAUUGCCCCCGGGAAUGCGGGGAAGCAAGCCAUAGCCUACCUCAGUUCAGUCAAGAAACCUAACACUAAAAAUAUGGCUGAUAACCAGUCCAUCCUAAUCUCAAAUAACCAGACAACAGUUAACUCUAACAACCAGAAACUAUUUCUAACACCAAUGACCAUGCCGAAAAUCCAAAACACAAAGUUUAUCCUGCCAGUAACUCUGCCAGCCACUAUGGCUUCUAAAGGACCUAUCAUUAAUCUGCAAAUAGCUAAUGGACAAAUACAGAACGAUCCUCAAGGCAAUAUUACUGUGAUGAGAGACAGUGCUGGCUUAGAAUCAGCAGAUAUGCCACCGUUACAACCCCUGGCAAAGAUGGGUAAUGUAAACGGGAACAGUAAGGAAGCUAAUCCGGUGCCACAGAGUCCUAACAAAUGUGAAACAUACACAAUAUCCAUUCCUGGGUCACGAGCGGAGCCUACAGAUGAACAAGGCACUUAUACACUUUCAAUACCAGAAACGAAUGCAUCUAUGAAUGAUGAUAUUUACACAGUCUCAAUAGCCGAUGAUGAGGAUCAGAGUCGGGAAAAGUCCUUCACUCUAGCCAUACCAGAAAAGGGAAAGAGUUUGCUAAAUAGAAACAUGAUAGAAAGGAAUGAAGUUGGUUCCCAUGUCACGAUAGCGGCUCCUGCUAUUUUAAGGCGCUCAAACUCCGAUAACAGCGAAAGAAAAGCUUCCAACGCUAAUCUAAAGAGGCGGGUAUCGCUCUGCAAUGAAAAUUUAUCCAGUAAACACAUGAAAUUUACGCAACCGCUGCCAAAACCGGCGGAAAAAUCCGAGGAGCCCCCAGAUUCUGACAAUAACGACGAUCAUCGCGUGCCUUCUCUAUUCUGCGACGAAAAGUUAGACAAGGACUUAGAAUGUAAAGUCACUCUCGGCGAUUCCGACGAGGAAUACAAGGAGAAGAAAGAACCAGAAACUAAAAGCUUACUAUACUAUCAAAAAGACAUGAAGAAUGAGAGAAUGAAAAGGGAAAGCGUAGAUAGCGCAUUAGAGGAAGAUCCUCCUGGAUUAUUCUGGAAUAAUGGAAUAGCGCAGCUGCAAGGCAGCACGCUACAGUUCCAAACAAAUGAAUUCGGGCUUAUAGAUCUCAUAGACGCCUCUGACCCUGAAGAAUUACCGCUCCCACCGAGCGCGAAAUACCACACGCCUUUAAAACAGCGUUUAGAACGUCCACGUGAAAAGAAACCAACAUCACCCGAGGACCUAUACCGAUGUGACGGCUGCGGCUGCCACGGGAUGGCAGCAGAGUUCAUAACGCCGAACUUCUGCAGUCUGACUUGCCAAAGCGAUGUACAAAAAGUGACUCAAAAGAAGCGAGAUCGUGAGCGUGCGGAACUAACUCGCCGGAGAAACAAAAUGAAGAAACUCCUCAUGAGGAAACAGCAUGAUGAACCGAUGGAUGAACCGGCUAAACCAGAUGAUGAAAAGCUAUCUGAUGAUGUGAUAGAUGAGAAAUACCCAUGGAUGUGCGGAAAGAACGGUUUCUCGUGGAUGCGGUAUUUGGACUACUGUAAAGCGAAGGCAGCUCCAGUGAAGUUGUUUAAGGAUCCGUUCCCGUACAACCGGAACGGGUUUAAGGUCGGCAUGAGGAUGGAAGCGAUAGACCCGCAGCGCGCGUCCGUCUGGGCCGUGGUUUCAGUGGCUGAAGUGCAGGGCUACCGCCUCCGCCUCCACUUCGACUCGUACCCCGAGAUCCACGACUACUGGGUGAACGCGGACUGCCCCGACGUGUUCCCGGCGGGCUGGUGCGAGCGCAACCAGCGCGCGCUGCGGCCGCCCGCCGCGCACGCGCACGGCUUCAGCUGGCCGCUCUACCUCAAGCAGGUGCGCGCCAUCGCGGCGCCGCGCCACCUGUUCCCGCACAUCACCACCACGACUGUAAAACCCAACGGGUUCCGUAUCGGCAUGAAGCUGGAGGCCGAGGACCGCAAGAACGACAUGGUGUGCGUCGCUACCGUCGCCGACAUGCUCGACGCGCGGCUGUUGAUCAACUUCGACUCGUGGGACGACAUGUACGACGUGUGGCUGGAUCCCACGUCGCCAUACAUACACCCAGUCGGCUGGGCAGAGGAGAACGAUAUCGCGCUUACACCUCCUAAUUUCUACAAGGACCCGGACUCGUUCUCUUGGGACAGCUACCUGGCGGAGACGGGCGCCGCGGCGGCGCCGCCGCGCGCCUUCAAGACGCGCCCGCCGCAGGGCUUCAAGCCCGGCAUGAAGCUGGAGGUCGUCGACAAGAGGGUGCCGUUCCUGAUCCGCGUAGCCAGCAUAAGCGAAGUGAAGGGCCACCAGGUCCGCGUCUCGUUCGACGGCUGGCCGGACGAGCUCUCGUAUUGGCUGGACGAUGAUUCGCCGGAUAUCCAUCCCGUUGGUUGGUGCUUGAAGACCGGACAUCCGCUUGAGCCGCCAUUAACUGCGGAGGAAGCGGUGGUGCUGGGCCCUUGCGGGGUGGGCGGGUGCCGCGGGCUGGGCUCGCUGCGCGGCGGCGCGCACAAGCAGCACGUGGCCGCCUCCGCCUGCCCCUACCGCGAGCCCGCCUCGCCGGCCCCGCCCGACCGCCUCGCCGCUGAACGACCCACGAGGCCCCUCGGGCGCCCUCCGAAAACGGCUGAAACACUCACUCCCACCAGCGACACGCACACACCUAAAGAGAAACCUACAAGAGGAAGACCUCCAAAACAUAAGAGAGUGGAAGAAGUCUCGAAAGCUGAUCCAGCCUCCGAUGAGGAGUCAAUAUCGAGCAGCACCGCCGCCAGCAGCCGGCGCUGGCGCGCGCGCCGCCGCGAGCCGCGCGCGCCGCGCGAGCUGCGCCCCGACGUGCACCGCCACGUCGCCGCGCUGCAGCUGCCCAGCCGCCCCGAUAUAUGGACGCAGGAGGAGGUGGGCAUGCUGGUGGCGCGCGUGGGUGGAGCGGCGGCCGGGGCGGCUGCUCGGGCGGCGCGGCUGGCCGGGAGGGAGCUGCUGAUGGCGUCGUGCGAGGAGCUGGUCGCCUGCCUGCACAUACGGCUGGGACCCGCCGUCAAGGUCUACGGCGCCGUUCGGCAGUUACGGCGCGCCAUCACAUGAAAAAGACCCUACGCUUCCUUAACAAUGUAAGGACGUCAGGCCGACCCGCCACACGUACUCACGGUAAAUCUAUUAAAGUGCAUAAAUGGACGCCGUGACGUGACAUUCAUGCUGAACCACACUGAUAUGGUUUCAUACAACGCUCACUCGCCAGUAUGAAAUCCUCUUUGCUCCUAUUCAAUAUCCAGGAAUGAAACAUUUACGUGACACAGGGACAACUUGUGGCACACUUAAGGGAAUUUUUGUUAACCUUUGGACCUUGGCCACAGAGAAAUUUUUGGUCAUACUGAACGAAAUUUACUAAAACCAACCCCAAAAUCGCGUAAAAAGUUAACAGUAUUAUACAUUUGGCCAAAUUACAUUUGUAUAGGGCAAGAUUUUUUUUCGACUUUAGGGUCUGAAAUAAACCUACAGUGAUUAAUUUGUGAACCUUUAUUUCAUUUCAUGAUGUAUGGCCAAGAGUUGUUUCCCUGCCAUAUGUGUACAGUCACCUGCAAUAAUAUCUUACUCUUCGAACGCCGCAAAAAUAUGUGACACGCUCUUAUGGCUCUACAAAUAAGAUCGUGUCAGAUAUUUAUGCUGCCUUCGUUGUGUAAGAUAUUAUUGCAGGUGACUGUACAUACCUCAGAAUGGACUAUUAACUGAUGAAAUACUUAAGUUAUUUGUAGGUACUCAAAGAAGUAUGAUACUUCAUAUUUUGCUUCGAUGAAGUAAAAUGAAAUGUCUCGAAAUUUAAUCGUGUUAUUUUUCAAAGUAUUAGAAAAGUACUAAAAUUGUGUUCGUUGUUGAAUAUGUACUUGGAAAAUAACACGAUUUUUGAAAACCCGUCUGAGACUGGUAUUGUCUGAUAUUCAUUGUACAUACUAUGUAAGUUAUUAAGAAAGUUCACUUUUAUUUUUGUAUUUAAUAAUGGAUUUCGAAAGGGACAAUAUUGUUCGUAAGGGUAGUAUUCCGUCUGUCCAAUAUCUUUAUCCAAUGCAAUCCAAUGUGUAUUUGUGUCUCACAUUUUGCUUAGUGAGAGAAUGAGACGCAGUGCAUAUUGGACUAAGAAAUUGUACAAACGGAAUACGACUCUAAGCUUGUUAUUGGUAGCGCAAAUGGAUUCAUUGGCUUUAAAAUUUGAGGUUGUGAGCUGUAUAAAUUUAACGCUUACGUAGCUUUUGUCUCGUUCUUGCAUCUUAAUCUAGAACGGGAUGAAUGCUAACGGCGAUAAAUGCAACCAUGUUAGGACUGCGGCGAUCCUGAGGGGCUACCGCGAAAACAGAAAUUCGUAAAUAGCGGGGAUCUUUCUCAUUUAGUCCAAUGAAGGCGUAAUUAGAGUGACAGAGAAAAAUGCCCGCAAUUUACGAACUUCGAUUUUCGCGGUUAUAGCCCUGCCCUGUCGAUGUUCGAAAUAGUCUAUGUCUAUCUCUUUCGCUUGCAUUAAAUUCGAACUUUCAAACGAAAGAGAUGCAGAUAAGGGCUCUACAGGUAAGUGUGGCUGGCCUUCACAUUGGGCCUGUUUGUUUACACAUUGAUUAGUGUUAGUACGAGUGCGAGUUCAUACAUUUAUCACUCAAUUAAAGUUGCAAGUCGCGGUGUGAAGGCCAGCCUCACUUAUCCGUAUAGACCUUAGCUGAUUUCGCUUUUCGAUGUUAGGUCUAUUGGACCUGCUGGAUCAAGCGUAGUUCAAUAAAAAUCAAUGUUCUGUAAAAGAUGUAAUCAACGUUUAUUUUUAUGAAAUUAUCUAAAAAAAUCCACGGAAAGUGAGAGCAAGUUUAAUAUUUUAAAUUAUGAACUUAUUAUUUUUUAUUCCUAUAAGAAAUACUAAUGUGCAAUUUAUGAUUUAGGUAUGUUCUCAAUAGAAAUAAAUAAUGUUUUAGUUGCUGACAGUUUUCUGUUUUAGAAUUAAUUAUAGAGAUUCGUAUCAGUCAACUGUAGGUUUAAUAAUGCAUGAUUUUAGUUGUUUUAAUAAUUUAUAUUAUAGAAUAUUUCUUAGGUUAAGUUUCUGCAGGGUAUAUUAUUUUUGAGCGUACCUAUGUACUAUAAUCACUGUUUUAUGUAUUUUAGUGUUCAUCUCUCUCGUGUUUACGCAAUAUCUGCGGGUCAGAAAGGGACGAGCGCUAUAUAUUGGCGAAAACAUACACCCCUGGUUUAAGAGCCACACAAACCCGCCGUUAUUAGCCGCUCCCAUACAAUCUGUCGAGUUUUUGUGGGAUACAUUUCACUUAUUAAAGGUAUGCUCAAAAGUUUUGCCUUUUCCUUAUAUUCAGCUUAAUAAAACAUUUGUAUACUAGUUUGCAUACAAUGGACAAAUCUUAAUAUUUUAUAUAUAUGAAAGGAGUAUUAUAUAUUUUGUUCGUACAUUCACUAUUUUCCUUUUGGAAAUGAUGGAGAUCAUUUUAUAUCAAUGUAAAUAAAUAUGUCAUUAAGUGUAGUUUCUAAUAUUUCAUCUAAAAUAUUUUUUGGUAUUGUCCCUGUUUUUAUCGAUGUCUCAAAACUGUAUGUAUUUUACACAUGCAUUCAGAUAACUGUAUGAUUGAUUAACAAAUGAUUGUUGACAUUUUGUUAAAUCUGUAAAAAGUAAAUUAAUCUUGCUAUUUGUACCGGUGGCCAUGUACAAAGUUACAUUAAAUAGUGUAAUGUUUUUACAGAAAACAGUGUAGUGUUAAGGAAGGUGCCAUUUCCGGUGGCAUACGCUAUUCUAAACUGUUGUUCAACAAUAAAAUGUGAAAGAAAA